AAAAAAUGUUUAUUUCUUUGUGGGAGUUCUUCUAUGGGCACUUUUUUCGAUUUUGGAUGAAAUGGCUCUUACGACAAAUGACUGGAAAGUGUGAAUUGCAGCGAAUUUUUGAUACCUAUGUAGGUGCACAAAGGACACACAGGAUAGAAAAUUCCUUGACAUACUCCAAGAAUAAGGUUUUACAGAAAGCAACACAUGCUGCUGAGAGUGAAGUGGACAAAUGCGUAGAAGAUAUAAUGAAGGAAAAGAAUAUUAACCCCGAGAAGGAUACAAGUUUUAAAAUCUGCAUGAAGGCAUGCUUACUGCAGAUAACUGGUUAUAAACAGCUCUAUUUGGAUGUAGAAAGUGUGAGGAAAAGGCCAUAUGAUUCUGAUAACCAGCAACAUGAAAAGCUACUCUUGAAGCUUUGGAAUCUUCUAAUGCCCACAAAAAAGUUGAAGGCUAGAAUCUCCAAGCAGUGGGCUGACAUUGGUUUCCAGGGUGAUGAUCCCAAAACAGACUUCAGAGGCAUGGGCAUACUUGGAUUAAUCAAUCUUGUGUAUUUCAGUGAAAAUUACACCAGUCAAGCUCAUCAGAUUCUUUCCCGCUCAAAUCAUCCAAAAUUAGGGUAUUCUUAUGCAAUAGUUGGAAUCAAUCUUACAGAGAUGGCUUAUAGCUUACUGAAGAGUGAAGCCUUGAAGUUUCAUCUCUACAACUUUGUUCCUGGUGUACCCAAAAUGGAACACUUUCAUCAGUUUUAUUGUUAUCUUGUCUAUGAAUUUGACAAGUUUUGGUUUGAAGAAGAACCAGAAAGCAUUAUGUAUUUCAACCUGUAUAGAGAGAAGUUUCAUGAAAAGAUUAAAGGACUCUUACUGGAUUGUAAUGUAGCACUUACUUUAAAAAUAUAGAUCACUUAUAGUAUCUUCUAUUUCUACCACAUUUUGCACAUACAGCAGAAUUUAUAUGUUGUAAUAGAAAUUAUCUGAUCAAUUACACUCUUCUAUAUAAUUUCCUACAAAAAUAUUUCAGAAAUUCUAUUUAAGAAAGCUAGUAGACAAUCAGUGUAUGUUUACAAUUACUUAUACACUGUUCUCCAAAGGUACCUUAUCCUUCCAAAGAUCCUCUCUGUAGAGUCAUGUGAACUACAGCUUGGAGCUUGGGACUCAGCCCGUUAGUAUAAAUGUAUAAAUCAGGUAUUUGUGUUAAAUUGGUUAAAAUGUGUAAAAAUCAGUUUUCAUUUUUAUGUGAUGUAGCUAUCAAGUUGGUAUCUUUGUCAAAGCUCUUUUAAGAUUUUUUGGUUUUUAAUUUGGAAAUGCCUGUUUUAAAUUUUCUUUGUCUUAUUUUUAUUUCUGAGUUAAUUAACAGCAAGAGUAGUUCUUUAUGGUUUUCUCUGCAUCUUAAUCAUGAAUCAUAAUGUUGCUUCAUUAGUAGCAACAAGAGCAUAGAUAUGUCAGAGAGGAUGAAGAAUCAUGGUGUCCCUUUUAGAUUCUCUGAUUAUUGAGCAUAACAGAUAACAAGAGAAUGAAAGUAUUGGUGACUAGCUUUUUUGUUUUUAAAUAACACACUUUAAAAAUCAGUGUUAUUAUAAGGCUUAAAGGCAUUUUCUUGUCUUCAGCAUUUGCUUUUUAUCAAUUGUAGAAAAGAACCUUAGUGCUUGGUGUGAGGGUCUAUUAUGAGGCUUCUCUACAUAAGUGUUUAUGAAAAGAGAUGUAUUUGCUAAGAAAAUUUUGAUUGUACUUAAAAGACAGUUUCUAUUUCAAUAAAGCUGUCUUUGAAAUUUAAA